CACGCGAAGUCAAGGAUGCAUCAUUUAUAGAAAUGGUUGACUUAAAAAAGUCACCUCGAUUCCCUUGUCCAACUCGACCUGCCACCUUCGAACAAAUACAUAGCGGGAAUACGUGGCCGGCAAAAUCACUGAAAGCACAGGAAAUAGUCUUAGUUAAGGAAACAUGGAACAAGUCGCUGGCCUGGAUUUCGAUGGUUCAGGAGGCGUGGGUGCAACGCGUUGUUGUGGAGAUCGGGUGCGGCGAUUCGAAGGUCCCGUUCGGCAAUUUCUUUCCUGUUAUCGGGGACUAUUUAAUAGGUAUCACCGAUAUUGCUGUGCGCGCCCUGGAUGCGAAGACGGAAAUUAUUGCGCGAGAGUCCUACAGUGCGCUGCACCCUAAUCCAAGUAGACGUUACCAGACAUUCCAGGAUUAUGCUAUGUUCUUCACUGGACUUGGUUGGACAAGAGAAACAUGGGAAACAAUUACUCGAUCCUUCAUCUGGGCGUUACAAUCUCAUGGUCCUUAUCUCGACGUGGACGAACGAGAAGACUUAGCGCUCGGUGACAGGGGUAUACUCGGUCGGUUCUUCCGAUCACAAGUCGUCAGUCGUGCACUGUCAAGUAUACAAUUGGGUUUGCUCUCAGACGAGGAAGCAUAUGCUAUAGACAAUAUUUGUAAGCCUGAAGAACUUCAUACGAAGGACCUCGGAUUUAUUGUCACUCACACCAAUAACCCUUGGGGAAGUACUGAUGAGCAAGAUUUCGGUGUCGAUUUUUUCCGCGAUCAUGCCGAUCAGAGCGGGCUGACAAGUUUCUUCUCCUCUAUUGUAAUUAUCGCCUGCGAGAUGUAUCAAGAAUUUGAACCAAGCAUACCUCAGUUACAAAAACUGGGCGAGGAAGCAAAGCACCUUGACAUACCAUGCCAUAUGGAAGACAACAUUGUGGGCUAUGUAGCUAGCACACUGAGCAGAUCGAAACAAUUUGACGCAAUUGAAGAAUGUGCUAUAUUUAAACUGAUUUGGAGAGUGGUGCUAUUUGUUUUGGAACCUACGAGAGCUGCCGAAUCGCUCACGAAGGAAGCACAUGACUGGGUUAAACAAAUGGCAUUCGAAAGGAAUUGGGUGCCUGAAAGGCUAGUACAAAGACUCAGAGAGAUUUCAGUGUCAGUACACCGGACCGGAUCAUAUGAGCAUACAACCGAGGAAAUCGAGUAUGGUGCACAGGUGGCCUGGAGAAACAGCGCAAAGUGUGUUGGCCGCCUAGUGUGGGACCAACUAAAAGUUCGCGAUAAGCGGCAUGUGAGAGAAUCUGCGGACAUUUUUACUGAAUGUGUCAGACACUUGAACCAGGCAACAUCAAAGACGAACAUGGAGGCCGUUAUGACUGUGUUCGCACCACGCAAAAAGAGCGAGUGUUGGGGUACCAGAUUCUGGAAUGCGCAGUUGGUGAGAUUUGCAUGCUAUCGUGAAGGAAAUGGCCAAUUGCUGGGCGACGCAGCAAAUGAAGAACUCACUGCACGCAUAAUGGAACUAGGCUGGGAGCCACCCACACUCCGUUCCGCAUUCGAUGUUUUGCCGGUAGUGCUGCAGCAUGAGGGUCAGACAACACCCGACAUGUACGAGCUGCCUGAGAUCUCUCAGCGUUUGGUGGAUAUCCAGCAUCCGCAUUAUCCCGAACUGCGGGACUUAGGCCUCAAGUGGUGCGGAGUGCCGACAGUGUCUAACUUCAAUCUCAGUCUUGGUGGCAUAGACUAUGUGUGUUGCCCGUUCAAUGGAUGGUUCAUGGAGUCAGAAGUCACUCGCAAUCUAUGGGAAAGGUACAAUAUUAAAAAAUCCUUAUGUGCGAUAUUCGGUCUGGAUAGUACCGAUCCAUAUUCGGGUUGGGAAGAACGAGGAUUCGCCGAGCUCAAUCGUGCCGUACUAUACAGCUUCCAACGUGCUAAGUUGUCUAUGGUCGCACAUAAACAGGCCUGUGAGCAGUUUCUAACUCAUAUACAGCGUGAAAAGGCACUUGGGCGCGAGGUUCCUGCUCAAUGGUCCUGGGUUGUGCCGAGUGCGGGUGGCAGCACCAACUCGCUGUGGCACCGUGAAAUGCGUGACUUCCGAUUAACACCAGAGUUCCAGUACUGUAGUGAGCGCUAUAAGUUUGCAAAGCCUGGUCAGAAAACCGGAGAACGGCAACAAUAUUUGCGUGAGCAAUCACAGGAGACGUCAAUGGCGAAAUCGGAGGGCCAUCAGCUCCAGGAAUCGCGCAACGUUCUGAUAAUGUUUGGUUCAGGAACCGGGGGAUGCGAACGUUACGCUCGCCAUUUAGGUCGCUUACUAAAGUUAGUGAAGCCGAAUGUGAAAAGUAUCAACGACGCUGUUUCGUCUGGCGCGCUUACACAUCCCCAAUUACAGACCUGCAUUGUGAUUACAAGCACAUUUGCAGAUGGCGAUGCACCGGCAAAUGCCAAUUUUCUAAAAAUGACCAGUCUAGGUAGCCUCGACCAUCUCGACUUCGCCGUAUUUGCGGCUGGUAGUCGCAUGUACCCCACUUUCGCUGCAUUCGGCAAACGACUACAUCGUCGUUUGCAAGCGGCUGGGGCACAUUCGAUGUUCCCAAUCGUCUGUGGCGAUGAAAUGAGUGAUCAAGCACAGCAGUUUGCUGACUUCGCAGCGAUGGUAGUUCAAGGCAUUUGCCCUGAUCUCGACUACAAAGAAAUUAAAACCACCAAGACUGCAAUAGAGGUACGGAGUGUGGUAAACCACUUGAAGGAUCAUGAAGCUCCCGAGAGAUUAUUUCAGCCCGUGAGGGCUUAUAAAGAGAUCGUAGGGUGUCCUUUUGCGUUCCAAUCAGUGAAGCCCUCUAGCGAUGGCAAGCGCGGUCGCAGUAUGAGCGAAAACAGCAAACUCCAAGCGACUUUGCAAUUCGAGUCCGGAUGUCCGUUCUCGGAAAGCGUAUUAAGUAUUAAAGGUCCUGGCGGUGCACGAUUGCUACCAGAAGGCAACGAAGAGUGCCAUAUAAGCACUGAAGCUCUCCCAGAGAAGGACAUCGAACUCAGUAUGCGUGUCCUUGGGUUUACACUGGUGCCGGUUGCCAUCAACAAAAAUUUGCUAUCAGCAGGCGCGGUGAGUUCUACCAGGCUUCUGCGAUUUGACUUGGCCAACACCGGCUUGGAGUACAAUACUGGCGAUCACGCUAAAGUUUGGCCACUAAACUCUGAGUCCUCAGUCGAUGCUAUGUGUCGACUCAUUGGCGAGCGAGAGCCAGAACGCAGAGUUGAAAUUGUCGACCGCGCCACGGGUGAGGACGAAGACCUGGGUAUACCCACACCAAUACGCGUUCGUACUCUACUGCGUACGUAUGUGGACUUUGCCUGGCGACCCGUAGAAUAUAUCGGCCUCUUGGAAACUAUGGUGGCGUGCUGCACGGAUGUCCACAUAAAGAGCACACUCACAUUGUGGCUACAUGAACUCAGACUGGGCAGGAUAGAAGGUGCAACUCGAGAGGAAUCGGAAGCGAACAAAGCGUGCUGUCGUGCGCGGGAGGAUAUGAUUAGUGCCAACUAUCCGUGCAUUACGGACAUGUUGACUAAAUUUCCAUCGAUAAACCUCACAUUGGCACAUAUCAUCGAAAGCUGCCCUCGGCAGAAGCCAAGGUACUACUCCAUCAGCAGCGGUGCCAAGUUUUCGAAGGGCCAGUACAUGGAGUUGACAGUAGGUGUUGCAUCGGAUCAGACCACGAAUGGCAAGGCCCGAGAAGGUCUGUGCUCGUACUUCCUAGCCUCACUAGUCCCGGGUGUCGAUGCAGCAUGGGUCAGUAUCAAGCACACCACAUUCAAGCCACCUUUUAAUUACGCGGCACCCAUAAUGAUGAUAGGGACGGGCACAGGUCUCGCGCCCUUUAUUGGUUUCCUGCAAGAUAAGUCUGUACUGCAGAAGCAGAUGAAUUGCGAGCAGAUCACAGCGCCCAGAGCAACCAACAAAACCGCAGUCAACGCAUGCCCCAUCAGUUCUGCGCGCACUCAUAAGCCUCUCCUGUCGAGGCGCCUGUCACAUUUAGCACGUCGCAUAAGCAAUACAGGUCAUCACGACAAAGGGAAUAGAGUCAAGCUUGCGCCUGCUAUGACCAUGGGUAAUCGAAUAUCAGCCUAUAGUUUCAGGAAGAACAAGAACAGUGCGUGCUCGCCCAAGUUUGACACCCGCGAAACGUGCGAAGCCUCCGAAACCUCGGAAACCCUCCAAAUGUCACUGUUCUACGGGUGCCACAACGCAUCGGAUUAUCUCCACCGCGAGAACCUCAUCACUUACAUAGAAGACGAGGUACUGAAUAGACUCAGUGUCGCCUUUUCAAGACCCACCUCUACGGGUCCAAACCACGAGACAGCUGCACGCCAAUUCCAGCGUCAAGAUUCUCAGCUGGUCGUGGCGCGUCGACGUCUAUCCGGCGAUUCUGGAAAGCAAUACGUGCAGGAAACCAUGGGCGAAGAUGCAAGCCUACGGGAGGCGCUCAAAGAUGCGCAACUGCAUAUAUAUAUCUGUGGUGGUACCAGUAUGGCCAACGAUGUAGUGGCCCAAUUGUGUGCCAUCAUUCAGAAGAGUGAGGAACUGGACAAUUUUCAAGCAGUCCAGCGCAUAGUCAAAAUGAAGGCUGCAGGAAGACUGCACACAGACUGUUGGGGUACGAGUCCGAUGGAUAACCGAUUCGGCUCUCCGGAUAUGGUUAGCAUGCUAGAUCGUCUACAUGAGCGACAAAGGUAUAGUAGGUAUGACCCCUUUGAUUCUACAAUGGACUCAAAAUAAAAUGCAAUAACUACACUAUUGCAUACGACAAGUAUUUCUUGCCACUCAGCAAACUAAGGAUUAAAUUAUAGUUGAUCCAUUGGAAGGGUCGUAGUAAAGCAGACAAGACAAGGCCAAAGC